UUCCAUCACAGGUAUAAAUACACAGCAUCAUUCUCCGUCAGCAGCCGAGACUUACAGUUCAGAGCUUCUCUGCAACACCCAGCCGUCCAGCAGCCCGCUAUGCACCUUACAAGGCGGCAUCGCGUGAUGCGCACCGGGUUCUCCACGGAGUAACCAAAUCUCUCCAAAACAGAAAGUUUACCAACAAUGGAGGCCGUGAACAACACAACAGCCUGGCCCGAGCUUGACAACGCAACAAUCAAACCUCCCAAAUCCGAGGACGAGGAGGUGAAGCUGAGUUAUCAAGUGGUCACAUCUUUCCUGCUCGGCGCGCUCAUCCUGUGCGCAAUCUUUGGCAACGCGUGCGUGGUUGCAGCCAUCGCGCUGGAGCGGUCUCUACAGAACGUGGCCAACUUCCUAAUCGGUUCUCUGGCCGUCACAGACCUGAUGGUGUCGGUGCUGGUGCUUCCUAUGGCAGCGCUUUAUCAGGUCUUGAACCGAUGGACGCUUGGAGAGGUUCCAUGCGACAUCUUCAUCUCACUGGAUGUGCUGUGCUGCACGUCGUCCAUCCUGCACCUGUGCGCCAUCGCUCUGGACAGAUACUGGGCGAUCACGGAGCCCAUAGACUAUAUGAAAAAGAGGACGCCGAGAAGAGCCGCGGUUCUCAUCAGUGUAACUUGGCUGGUCGGGUUCUCCAUCUCGGUUCCGCCCAUGUUGGUUAUGCGCUCGCAGCCGAGCAGCAUGGCAGAGGACAGGGCAAAUCCCAAGCAAUGUAAGAUCAGACAAGACCCCUGGUACACGAUAUAUUCCACAUUUGGGGCUUUUUACAUCCCUUUGAUUUUAAUGCUGGUUUUAUAUGGACGGAUAUUCAAAGCCGCUCGGUUUCGGAUCAGGAGGACCGUGCGUAAAACGGAGAAAAAGAAAGUAUCAGACUCUUGCUUGGCGUUGUCCCCGGCGCUGUUCCACAAAAGGCCUCACGGAGAGGUGCAGGGAAAGAGCUGGAAGAGAAGCGUGGAGCCCCAGCCGCUGCCGAACAUCAACGGCGCGGUCAAACACGCGGAGGACGGCGAGUCUCUGGAGAUCAUCGAAGUUCACAGCAACUCCAAAGGCAACCUGCCGCUGCCCAACACCCCGAGCUCUGCGCCGCCGUUCGAGAGCAGGCACGAGAAGGCGACAGAGGCGAAGAAGAAGAUCGCGCUGGCACGGGAGCGCAAAGCGGUGAAGACUCUGGGUAUCAUCAUGGGCACCUUCAUCUUCUGCUGGCUGCCCUUCUUCAUUGUCGCCCUCGUCAUGCCUUUUUGCCAAGAAUCGUGCUACAUGCCCGGCUGGCUGGUAGAUGUCAUAAACUGGCUGGGUUACUCUAACUCCUUACUCAACCCCAUCAUUUACGCAUACUUCAACAAAGACUUUCAGAGCGCUUUUAAGAAAAUAAUUAAGUGUCACUUCUGUAAACCAUAAUGGUUCCACUUUUUUUUGUCUCGAUUUCACUUAUUUACUUUUUCUUUGCACAUCAUGAACUCACCAGAUCACUGAGGUUUGAUCUGAAUGCACCCAGGUCCAAGGAAGCGCACUCUGGAAGCCAACAGCUUUUAGAAACAUGUUCUGAAUUUAAGAAUGAUGCUGAAUUUGAAGAGAGGGCUCAUAAUCGAUUAUUGUUGAUAAUCACCAUCAGUAAAUAUCUCCAGAGGUGUCAGUAGCCUAUGCAUAGAUAAAGCUGUGAUUGUUGGAUUGAAGCUCCAUGUUCCCUCAUAUUGUUCUGCAAAGUCUAAUAAAG